CGCGGCGAUACCCAAGUGUGCACGCACUAAACCAGCGCAGUUAAAAAUAAAUUAGUGAAACAAUUAUUCUAAAACAAUGAUGAAAUGCAAGAUAUGUCUUAGAUCUAGCGAAAACAUAAAAAUGACGCCUUUUAAUGAAAAAUAUGUAUCGCACUUUAAUUUAUUAACUAAUUUAAAGAUUCAGCUUUGUGAUACGCAGCGACAGCAAUUGUGUGAAUAUUGCCUUGAAAUGUUAAACUUGUUCGUGGAUUUUAGAAAUAAAUGCAUUCUAGCACAUACUGCUAUAGUUCAGGAUAACUACGUUGUGAUGAAAAACGAACAAAAAGAUGAAUGCAAUGAAAUAAAUUAUAUAACUAAUGAGAAUAUUAAAAUAGAAACAGAUGUAAAAAACGAUAAAAGCUCUGAUGACGAGCAUUUUCAAAAUCUUAUAGAUGUAGAAGAUCAUUUUGUAAAUGAUUUACUUGAAACAGUCAUAAAAACUGAAACUAUACAAGCUAGUGUUAAUAAGCAGAAAAAAGAAGUAAUUGUAGCACCUGGCUUUCCAUGUGGUUUAUGUGCUAAAAUAUUUACUGAUAAAAGUAUCUUAUUGAAUCACUUAGAUAUACAUAGAAGUAAAUAUGAUAAAAUAUGUUUACUGUGUUCUGAAAAAUUUAGUGAUUGGCAGCAACUGCUCUCCCAUAGGCUGGAUCAUGUUCCAUGGAAAGACAAAACAUGUCACCUUUGCUCCAAACGGUUUCAAUCAUCUAUCUAUUUGGAACACCAUUACAAAAAUGUGCACUCGCCCAAUGAGAAAACUCAGUUAAGAUGUGUGUAUUGUUACAAAAUUUACAAAACUCCAAGGCAAUUACGAAAACACAUCUGGGGUUGUCAUUCAAAUAAGAAAUUUAUAUGUGACUACUGUUCGAAAGAAUUCACAAGUAAACAGCAGAUAAGAAUACACAUAGUGAUACAUUUGGAAAAUAAACCAUUUGCAUGUGAUUUGUGUGAAUUUUCAUGCAAAUUUAUUGGAAAUCUAAAAAGUCACAAAUUACGGAAACACACGCCUAAAAGAGUUUGUUGUAAUAAAUGUAAUCGAGUUUUCGGUAACCAGCUCAUCCAUGACAACCAUAAAUGUGUGCAGAAGUUGUCAGUGUGCUCUAAAUGCGGUAAAACAUUUCAAGGGACCAAGCAGCUCACCAGACACAUGUCGUGCCAUGAGGCAGCGGGCCGGUACCGCUGCGAGCGCUGCCCUGCCGUGUACAAGACGCGCGACGCCCUGCGCGCGCACUGCGACCGGCACGACGGGGUGCGCUCCAAGCGCUGCGAGUACUGUCCCAAGACUUUCUACACCACCUCCGUGCUCAUCAAGCACCGCCGCACGCACACGGGUAUAAAACCAUACGUUUGUAGAAUAUGUCAAAAGGCUUUCACAGGAAAUAACAAUCUCAAAGUACACAUGCGUGUUCACGGCGAAUAUGUAAUAAAGAAAAAAAAUCAAUACGAUUUAGAAAAACCGAAUAAUGAGCUGACCAAUUGAAGUAAAAGAAAUGAUUCACUAUUUUUUCUGUACUGAUAAUAAAGUUACAACGAAAUCAGUUUGGAGACGUUUUUGCGUUUGUAGUAGUGCACCGUCAGCAGAUAAAUAAACAAAUUAUUUUUAUAUUUUUAUCGGUACAUAUUAAAGCCCCCGUCGCUUUCAUCCGAUAAUCGUUCUAAUAUUGUAUAUAAGACCUCGCCUCUAUCAUGAAAUUACUUUUCCUCAUUAAGAGCAUUUAGACAAACAUUUCUUCAUUUAUCUACAGCUAUGUUCAUAAUCAUUGUGACAUUUUUUUGCGACGUAAAUUUUCACUUCCUCAUAUACUUUAUUAUGAACUAAUUAGUAACAUAAUAAACAAAAUUGCACUUUUGACGAGCCGGUUGGCGUGGUUGGUAGAACACUUGCCUUUCACGCCGAAGGUUGUGGGUUCGAUUCCCACCCAGGACAUACAUUUGUGUGCAUGAACAUGUCUGUUUGUCCUGAGUCUGGGUGUAAUUAUCUAUAUAAGUAUGUAUUUACAAAAGAAAAGUAGUAUAUGUAGUAUAUCAGUUGUCUGGUUUCCGUAGCACAAGCCUUGUACAAGCUUAAUUUGGGAUCAGAUGGCCGUGUGUGAAAAAUGUCCUGGAUAUGGAUAUUACUUCUGACGCUACUUAUGCAAGAGUUCAAGGCACGUGGUAGCCAGCGCAAGCUGUUUUAAUUCUGUUUUAUUCACUGUGUGUAUUACUCUACUACGACCGCAAAAACGUCUCCAAGCUGAGUUAUCUUAAGUAUCGGUCAUUGAGUAUAAAUAAGGAUUAUUAUCCUUUAACUGUACUUUGUCUAUCAAGUUCUUCGCUUUUCAACAGAAACGUCUAGUGAUUGCAGUAACGAUUAUCGAUGAGAUUAAUGGUAUUUCUAUCUAUAUAUGUAAGAUCAAUUAUAGAUUUUUGCAGUUGAAUAAACCAUGGUGUGAUUUAUUGUCGUUAAAUAUAAACCAGUUUAUAUUAGAAUACAGCAAAGGAUUUGCUGACUUCACUAUUUUGUAGUGACAUUUAGAUAAAAUGUUUGUUGUAACAAACAAAUAAUUAAGAGAUUGGGAUAUAAUAAAGAGGUUAUGUGUUUUAAUUUCUAUUAAGAUUUAUUAUACACAGUUUUUUGGACAAAACAUUUUACUUUAUUUAAGAAUAAAUUCGAAAUCAUAAUUCACUGAUUUAUGAGAAAGUGAAUAGUCGCUAGACAAAGUUACGAUGUCAAUUUUGUAUGAGCCGUCAAAAAGCGAAUAACCUAAUGGACAAUGUAUUGUACUUGUUCAAUUCUUUGUAGUAAUAUUUCUAUAGAUUCUAUAAUGUUGCAAAUAUUAAAAAAAAAAUAUUUUAUUAAAUAAAACGCUUUUU